AAUCAGCCUCCACGUGUCGGCACGCCUAAAAUGGUUGGACGAGUCGCAUACGCGUUAAACUGACGCCUGGAAAUAGAAUAAGACUAUACACAUACAUAUCCAUUCAUUCAUUCAUUCUGAUAUCUUCCGAAGCAAAGCAGUUUUUAGUUUUUCAAGGAAUUAGUGUUCUUGUGUUGAAGAAACAAUGGGGAAGGACAAACACAACCAAGAUGAACAUCAUGAUGGUGACAGAGGGCUUUUCUCACAUCUUGCUCAUGGUGCCGGUGGAUAUCUUCCAGGACAACACCAUCCACCUGGGGGAUACCCUCCACAGGGCUAUCCGCCACAAGGACAUGGUGGAUAUCCACCACAAGGCUACCCACCGGCAGGAUAUCCCCCUGGUGCAUACCCACCGGCAGGAUAUCCCCCUGGUGCAUACCCACAGGCUGGUUAUCCCCCUGCUGCAUACCCACCAGCUGGUUAUCCCGGUUCGUCUGCUCCACAUCACGGAGGGCAUGGACCUGGCAUGGGGGGGUUGAUAGCUGGGGGUGCGGCAGCUGCAGCAGCUGCUUAUGGCGCCCAACACCUGGCGCAUGGUAGUCACCAUGUUGGACACGGUGGUUAUGAACAUGGUUAUGGUGGUCAAGGAGGUUAUGGUGGUCAUGGAGGUCAUGGUAGUCAUGGAAAGUUUAAGCAGGGAAAGCAUGGGAAGUUUAAGCAUGGCAAGCACGGGCAUGGAAAGUUCAAGAAGUGGAAGUAAUUCUUUGUUCCUUAAGUGACUCUAGACGUGCUUAUUCUGAUUUGGUGAAUAAAAUUACACUUGAAUUCUGAUGUCAAGUAGGCCUUUGUUGGCUGUCCAUUUUGGCAUCACUGCCUUGAUAUAUUACGAUAUUUUUGCCUUAUGAUAUAUGCCUUUAUUGGUUCCCAUGA